AUGCAACAAGACGCUGUCAAUUAUUGCUACAGAAGAACAAAGAUUCCAAAAUAUUUCGAGGAGGAAAAAGAAAAUGUCAGUCCAUCUCCAAAUGCCCAUCCAUUACCAAAUACCCGUCCAUCUCUAAAUGCCAGCCCAUAUCCAAGCAUGGAGAUCAAAGAAAACAAAAUUUCAUCGUCAAAUGCCAGCUCGUCUUCAAGUAUGGAGGACAAAGAAAAUGAAAAUCCAUCGCCAAAUGCCAGUCCAUCACCAAGCACCAGCUCAUUUUCAUCAUCAAACACCAGGCACAAUUAUUAUAUCGGGCAACACGGAAAUGUUUCAGCGUGGAAGGCACCUCUCCAAGCUACUUCGUUGGAAGGUACGGUAGAGACAGUGCAGCCAGUUAUCAUAGGUACAAUGCAACGUUGGUUAGGUAUAGAACUUACUAAUUUUGCUAUUGAUAUACCAACAGCUUUGUUAGCAUUAACCUUUGUUUUGCUCUUUGUGCCCUCUCCAGCUUGUCCUGGUGGUCAUCUUUCUGAAAACUAUUAUAAGUCUGAGUUAUGGGCCAAAGUUCUAUUUGAUUCUUUUACUCUUGCAAAUAAUUUUAACCCAAUUUGGGAAUUUCACCAUCAAAUACCCGGCAACAGCGGAAGAGAUCUUUACGAUCCGACUUUGCAUUUUGAAGUCGGAGGUGUGCAAGUGCACAAGGAUUUCGCUGUUAUCGUCGCCGAAGCCGCCCAUACCCUGAACCGCAUACUUUCAACACAAUUUAUUAAUAGGAAGGAUUUGGUAAGAAAAUGGAAGCUUUAUUCUAGAUUGCCAAUUCUUCCUUCUGAGGCAGAAAAAUCUUGA